CGAAAAUCACACCCAUCUAUAGAGCAUCUAAAGGAGGGGCCUGUCACUCAUGUGUAUCGUUGCAUUAAGGCCACCAGGUGAACGUUUCAUCUGAGUCUUGCUCUCUUUUCUCUCUGACAAGAUAGAGUGAACUCCCUUUCUGAAAAUGGAUAAGUUUCGGAUUAUGGUCCAGUUUUUGCAAGCCAACCAAGAGUCCUUCAUGAAUGGUAUCUGUGGGAUCAUGGCUCUGGCAAGUGCUCAAAUGUAUUCCUCCUUUGAGUUUACCUGUCCUUGCCUUCCAGACUACAAUUACGCGUAUGGAAUCGGCAUUCUAAUAGUGCCACCGAUAUGGUUCUUUUUACUUGGAUAUGUACUUAACAACAACAUAUCAGUGUUAACUGAAGAAUGGAAGAGACCGAUGGGCAAGCGCAGAAAAGAUCCAGCGGUUUUGCGCUACAUGUUCAGCUCCAUGACGCAGCGCGCUCUCAUCGCUCCAGCUGUAUGGAUAGCCGUAACUUUAAUGGAUGGCAAGAGCUUUUUGUGUGCUUUCACUCCCACAGCGAAUUUAUCCGAGUUCCUCAACGAGAGCUAUCAAAGCUUAUCCAAAAACGAGCUUAUAAAACUACAAGCAAGGAUUCCAUGCAAAGACGUAUUUGAUGGGGAUGGGAUUAUCUCCAGAGAAGCGGCCACUAGGUAUAUUCGCUGUUUGUCACAGGCCUGUGGAUGGACCUUUUUAAUGAUAAUAACUAUAAUAGCCUUCUUGAUAAGGGCGAUAAGACCUUGUUUCACUCAAGCCGCUUUUCUUAAAACCAAAUAUUGGUCACACUACAUUGAUACAGAGCGCAAACUAUUUGACGAAACGUGCAAAGAGCACGCCAAGAGCUUCGCUAAGGUCUGCAUACAGCAAUACUUCGAGAGCAUCAGUGGUGAAAUUGUUCCACAGCUCCAGCUACCCAUAAAGAAAGGAAAAGGUAAAAAAGAUGAUGAUGAUGGAGAAAAACAGAAGAGUGAUGAGGAGAAGCUUCUUGGGAUCCGUAAACAAGAAGACAUGAAUAAAGUCCUGUGGAACUGGCACAUAUGUAAACCCGCUCUAAUGCUGAAUAAACGUGGUGAAGAUAUGAAUGGACAUGCUCACUUGGAUACUCACAGCGUCUCUGAUGAGCGCUACACUCGGACACCUAUGAAAAACACAGCUGUGGCAUACUACUCCAAAGUCUGACUUAAUGUUUUAAUCUUACUUAUGAAGAACUGAAUGAAGUGCUUAAGCAGUACUCACUGUCAAAAUAGUCCUGUUUUGCUAUCUCAUUGCAUGUAACUUUAAUUUUAUUAUUUUAUAUCCUCUUGAGACUUAGUCAUUCAGUCGAUCUACUAUUGUAAACAUAUGUUGUUUUGUUACCAUAA